GCUCCUCUAGGCUAGUGUGUCAGUGUCGCUUGCUUGGUGUGUCUGGUCCGUGAAGCCAAGCAACCAGUUGCCAAAAGAGUUUUUUGUUUUUGUUACCGCAUUCUUAGAAUAUCGGCUCUUGCAGUCAUCUUCAUAGUAUCACCUGGCGUCGAACUGUGUCUGACUCCUUCGAAUUCCGUUUCCGUCGCAUUCUGUUACCGUCGCGCUCCGUUCCGUCGCGCACAACUCUUCUGCGACAUUCUCGCACGCUUGUUCACAUUAUUCGUGGCAAUCCUCCAAUCAGGUGUGCAUCUCAGACGACCCGUCAGAUGGGUCGGACCCAUCAAACAUAGCACAGCCUUUUUUUCGUACCGAAGAGUCGUAACCUUGCAACCUUGGGAAUACCGACUCGACGAGGCAAUGCCGACGAAGCUCGACCUCCCCUCGCUUCACUGCAGCAGCAGCAGCAUUGACUCUGGCGGGCCCUCACGCCGACCGUGGUUCGAGAUUCUGGCGGGAAGGAAGAUUCGCCGCGUUAUGGGUGACCCCGUUAAGCUCGAGGCGUUCCUCUCUGGCGAGUUCGACCGCCUCGACGUGGAUGCACGUGGCAGGCUCUCAUUGGCCGAGCUCAAGCCGGCGCUGCUGCGCCUGGCGGAGAUUCAGGGGCUCAUUCUCCGCCCCUUCUGGGACAGCCGAAUGGGCGGAGGCGGAGGGGGCAGCGGCGGACGGGGCGCAGGGCAUCGGCGGAGAGGCGGAAAUGGAGGGAGAGGGGGGGAGGGAAGCGGAGGGGGGAGCGGAGGGGGGAGCGGAGGGGGGAGUGGGUGGGGAAGCGGAAGCUUGGGUGGCAGUGGGGAUUGGGGGGGAGGAAGAGGAGGAGCGGGAGGGGGAGGGAGCGGGAGGUUCCUGGGCGAGGGGAAGGGGGAGAAAGAUGAUGAUUUGGCCAAGGGGCUAUUUGUUUCUUUCAUGUCCGCUGACCUCAGCAGCGAGAUUGGGCGGCACAAGUUUGUCACCGUCUGCAGAGAUUUGAUUCUUGCAUCUCAAGAUUCGGUCGAAGAGGACCCUCUGCCCAGGCUGCUGAACGAGAGCAGCACGCUGAGAGAGCUGUUUCGGGAUGCAGGCGAGGUGGACGCGUUCAUCGACGCGCUGUGGACGGACAUGGACGCGGAUGGCGACGGCACCGUCACCAUGGAGGAGAUUAGACCCAUGCUGCCGGCGCUGGGGCUCUUCCCUGAGCCAUUACCUAUUCCCAGAGAGCAGGAGGAUGAGAUCCUGGCGGAGCUGCUGCAUACAUACGCGGGAUGGGGAGGGGGAGACGGGGGGGGAGGCGGGGAGGAGGGGGCAGAAAGUGAGGCAGAUGGGGAGGAAGGAGGGGCGAUGGGCUCAGGUGGCAGUGAGAACGGUCAGCUGGGAGUUGAUGCGGCGGUGGAUUUCACCCAGGGUCUGUCGAAGGUGCAGUUCAUGUGGCUCGUGGCCGACAUUCUCUUCACCGUGGCCAAGGGGCUGGAGGACGAGCCCCUGUACCUGCCCGCCAACAUGACCAUCCUCAACGGCCCGUUCCUAGUCAAGAUCCUCUCAGACGAAGCCUUCUUCCAUCGCUUAACAGACCUCAUGUUUCUCUCCUGGGACUCCACGGACCGUGGCAUGCUGUCUCGCGCCGAAGUCGUUGACGGCUUUCACGCUCUGGGAGUGGCCUACGGGCUGCCAGCGGUGGGCAGCCGGGACGAGGCGGACCGCAUCUACCUCUCGCUCUUCCUCACGGCGGACUGCGACACCAGCGGGUUCGUGGACAAGGAGGAGUUCAGAUCGCUCAUGCAGUCCACCUUCCUGGGGGCUGCCCUGCAGCUGCAGAAGACAGGCCUCCCACCACAGAUGCUGCCGCCCGUGGCGUCGCCACCGCCAGUGUCGUUGUUACGCCCCGAUCGCUCCGCCUCCUCUGCGCCUUCCUCCUCCGCCACCUCCUCCUUCUUCCGCCCGUUCUCCUUCUCACUCCCGACUCUCUCCUUCUCUUCUGCCCUCCCCUGGGGAAGGUGUGCCGACAGCAGCGCUGCUGCCCUCAGCACCAGCAGUGGCAGCAGGGCGGGUUUAACAGACCCGGCUGCUACAGUGGCGGAUCUGCCGACCCUCACUGGCUUCAAGCUCUUUGACGGGCGGCGCGUGCGCAAGAUGGUCCGAGCGGAUGGCGGGGCUUGUCUGGACGUGUGGCUGAACAGUGCCUUUGACGAAAUCGUUAUAAGCACAUCUGAUAGUGGAGGUGGAGCGGGCGGAGGAGGGGGGGGUGAGGGGGGAGCGAAGCAGGUGCGGGUGUCAGGAUCAAGGAGUGGAGAGGCGGAGGGGAUUGACACGGACGGACUUACACUGUACAGUCCUAGUGGGGGGAGAGAGAAAGGGGAGAGUUGGGAAGGCGGUAGGGUAAAGGGAGAGGGGGAGGAAGGGCGGAGUAACGGGAUUGGCGAUGAGGAGAGCAAGGAGGUCACGUGCGGAGACGCACAAGGAAAUGGUGCAGGAGGUUCUGUGGGUAAGGACGGAAUUUGCCGCCCAACAGACAAGCCGGUGGUGACAUGGGCGGCAGUGGAGCGGAAGCUGGUGCAGCAGCUGCAGACGCUGGGGCUGCCGGGGGUGGGGGUGUCGGAGGACUGGGAGAGGAUGGUGCAUGCCAUGGUGGCGCGGGAGAGAGGGGGGUGCCGGGGGGAGGACCAGGGAGGGAGGGAUGGGGAGGAGGAACGGGUGGCGAAGGGAGGGAGUGAGGGGGAGGAGGAGGUAAGGGAGAAGAAGGGGGAGGGGUUGGAUAGGGAGGAGUUUGUUGCUGCGAUGACGAGGCUUCUGAAGGAAGUCGGACAGACGCUGCAAGACACGCCUCUGCUCCUGCGCUGCUUGGACGGCACGCUCAUAAGGGCGUUCCUGCAGCACCCCUCUCGGCUCAGCGCUGCCAUCCGUAGCACCUUCCAGGCGCUAGACAACAAGGGAUGGGGCGGCAUGCCGGCCGCCCGCCUCGCCCCUGCGUUGCGCGUUAUUGGCCUGUCUGCCGGGCUGCCGUGUCGAGGAGUGAACACAACACUUGAUAAUUGGAUAUUGGAUAUAAUAACAGAGCGUGCUCCACAUCUCCAGCAUUUAUCCGAGGAGCAGUUUGCUUCAUUCGCAGUGGAUUUUCUUGAAGCACUUUCCGCUCGACUUUCAGCCAGCCCUAUUUAUGUUUUGCACGACCUAGACGCGCCACAACGAGCCGUGGGCUUGCCGGAACCACCUGUCCCAUCACCUCGUAUAGCCUGAAGUACAUGUAAUGUAUGGUAUACAUGUAAUGAUAGCACUUCUCAUUCUGUAUCU